AAAGAUUAUAUUAUAUAUUUUGUACAGUUUUUUUAUAUAUAACUACAUCAAGUAGUUUCUCGGUGCUAAAAAUGUAGUUUCUGUGUAAAAAUCCUAGGAUGUACAGCUGUGAAUAAGCCUGGCCAAUGGGCAGAGAUAGCCAAACCCCUUACAAUGGGCCACACCAACAGGUGGUGGCGCUUAGUCACACCAAAAAAAAGAAAAACCAAAAACAAAAGACCAAAAAAGACCUUAUCAAAGGUGUCUCCCCCCGCAGGUGGCAGAGUGUCUCAAAAUUCGAUACUCUCAGGCCUACGAGGUGAUUUCCGUGCCGGCCCUCAGGCGAAAUAAAAAAGCCCCGGCGUAGAGCCGUUCGGCUGGUAUAAAAGCGGCUCUACAGGCGGCGAUAUCGUCCAAUAGCCAAAGCGCCAGCGUUCCCUAAACACACAGCAGCAGCAGUCGCGAUUUCCGCGAUUUCAAAGCGAAAGCAAACCCGUAAAAUACGUAAAAAGCCAGCAGAGAGGGAGUUCCCCCAACGGAAGCAGACACAACAAUUGGAUAUUUUGACCUUAAACAGCAGCUGUGACAACCAACGGAUUGCUCAUCACGUGAAGAGUUCCCCCUGAGAAAGAGAGGAGAGUUCAAAGCAGAGAGAGAUAGAAACCACACCGAUAGAGCCGGAGAAUGAGCUAACUGAAAAGCGAAGAAGAGACGGUGAUUUUUGCGAGUGAUUAGCAGCGGAAAGAAACAACAACAGGCAGCAGCAACAGCAACCACAGCGAAAACUGAGGUAAUUCACACACAAAAACAUGGGCGUUCGUGUGAUAGAGACCGAUUCGGCCAGCGAUUCGUACGACGAUGACGACUGCUCCACAUGCCAGAAGGCGCAGGGUAAAGUCCCUAAAACCAAGCGGAGUACUCCGCCCCCGGAAACCACUAUCUACGCCAGCAAGGAUCUGGUGGGCAACCACAAGGAGUAUCGCAUCGAGAACAACUCGCGGGAUCUGCGCAUCAUUGGCAACGGCAACCGGAUACGGAUAGUCAGCAAUUCCGGCAGCCUGCAGAUCAUUGGCAACGGCACCCGCCUCAAGAUCCAGAGUAAUAGCGGAUCGUUGAAGUACACCGGCAACAAUGGACGCAUCUACCUGGGCAGCGAGUCGCCGCAGCAGGCCGUGGACUACACGGGCUGCAAUGGCUUGUUGAAGGUGGUCAGGUCCCUGGAUCUGAGCGGCAACAAGAAGCAAAAGCCCAGCACGCGAUCUCCGAAGACCCAGAGCAAGCCAAAGGAGGCCUCCGCGGGCAUUGAGAUCGACAGCAAUCUCACCAUCGAGCACGGAGUGUCCGGCAACAUUGUGAUCAAGAAUGCCAUCAAUGUGAGCAUUUAGAACCAGGCGGAGGAGGGGAGCUCGAUCUCUAGUCAGAGGCCAAAGAUUAGUGUAUCAAUCCCAGAAUCGUAUUGCUGCAACUCUUGCCCAGUUCCUACCGACUGCAAUUAGUCUUAUCUGUGACUUUCGACUGCUACAACUAGAGUAUUACCACAAACGCCACGUCGCUAGUCUAGAAUAUAUAUAUUCAUCAUGACCAUAUUUAGCCUAAAACAAUAAUGUCCCCCGAUUAUGAUAAGGAGUGACUUAUUUAUAGCCAAAAACCUACGCACAAAGAACAAAAUGCCAGAGCUUCAUUCCGAGAAUGAAUACUAAACUAUAAUAAUCAAAAAUAAAUAGAAAAUGUAUAUAAUCAGAAAA